GGAUGGACGUCCGCGCAUGCGUAAACAUUUUACUAUACUCAGACAGAAAGUGAGACAGUAACGAGUGGCGCAUUGUUAAAUGUGUAACGCUUGUAACUCUUGGAUUUCGCUGUGUGGUUUGACUUCAACUGAUCCAAGUCGAGAUGUUUGGCUUUCAUAAGCCAAAGAUGUACCGCAGCCUUGAUGGAUGCUGCAUCUGCAGGGCAAAAUCCUCCAGCUCUCGUUUCACUGACAGCAAACGCUACGAGAGAGACUUUCAGAGCUGCUUUGGUUUAGGUGAGACUCGCUCUGGUGAAAUCUGCAACGCUUGUGUCCUGCUGGUAAAACGCUGGAAGAAGCUUCCCGUCGGCUCCAAGAAGAACUGGAAUCAUGUGGUUGAUGCACGAGGGGGACCAAGUCUGAAAACUACAGUGAAGUCAAAGAAAGUCAAAUCCCUAUCCAGGCGGAUCAGACCGAACCAGAUCAGCAGAGUUCAGAAGGAGCUAAAGAGACACAAUUCAGACGCUCACAGCACCACCUCCAGCACCAGCCCCGCCCAGUCGCCCAGCUACAGUAACCAAUCAGACGAGGGUUCUGACUCUGAGUUGACUCCUGGCUCCGCCCGCUCUCCAGUCUUUUCCUUCCUGGACCUGACAUACUGGAAGAGGCAGCGGGUAUGUUGUGGCAUCAUCUAUAAAGGUCGUUUCGGGGAGGUUCUGAUUGACCCACAUCUCUACAAGCCCUGCUGUCAGAAAAAACAGGAGCAAGAGCAGGAGGAAGAAGAGGAGGAAGAAGAGGAAGACGAGGACCUUGAGAAAGAGGAGGUGCAGAGCAGUCAAGAAAUCCUCUCGUCUAUUCAACCGCACUCCUCUUCCCAAAUAAAAAUGGAACAGGAAGUGGAUGAGGAGUGGUGAUGCCACAUUCCCAGGGUACUGAAUUGGCAUUCUUAAGAAGCCUUCGAGAGUCAGAGGCGUAGCGUUGCCCCCUCAGACGCUCUCAAAGACGUUCUCUCGGAUUGCCUUCGAUUCAUGAGCAGCUGGAUCCUUGUUUUUUUUUUUCCUCCUUGUUGAGAAUGUGUCUCUUUCAUUUCCUUUGCAGUCGAAGCAACCUUUAUUUAUCAAACCGACUGAAAACCUUCCUUGUUUUUCAGAGCCUGGUACCACACAAUUCCAGUUCACCCCUUCUUUUUUUGUAGAUCAGGGAAAAUGAGUUUGCUUUUUUCGCUAUCUCACUCAAUUCAAACACAGAAUGCUGGAUCUACAUAUCAUGCAUAGAAAUGUGGAGAAUACAGUGACCACAAUCCUACCCUGUCACUUUUCUCCCCUUGAGCACCAUUGUGCCCUUCCUCUGGGGUGACUGUGUCUGCAGUGGAUAGUAUGUAGGAUAUAUUCCACCAUUCCAGCUGGGAUAUAGCCAUUAUUUAGGGAAGCUUCUGAUCUUAGCCUUUUAUAUAUUUAUUUUGUUCUGUCUUCGUCUUUAUUUUUAAGGCCUGCUCUGUUUGUUCCCUCUCUUGGUUUGUAGUUAAUGGGACAGGACACUGAAAAAUGUUUAAAAAAAAUCUGUCAUUCACCCUCAUGUUGUUUCAUAUGGAGCGCCUAAAGGGACA